AUGCCUGUAUUGAAGGCUUCAAAACUCCGGCUUGAACAGCUGAGUCGAAGAAGCAAAGUCAAGACAGACGAUGUUAUCAAGUCUCUGCACACGUUGAGAAAGGAACUCCGCCAACUCCAUCAUCUUUUUGAGAGCUACAAAACUCUCAUCCGGCGUAUCUGCUGGCCUCGCUCGGUGGACGCAUAUCAAGAGGGCAAAUGUGGUCAUUUCGAGCUCUCAGAAAGCAUGCCCGGCGAGGUUAGUAUAUCCUCGUCGGCUAGAAGUCGCUUCGAGCGCCUUGGGGACAGACUGCAGCUGUUGAUGCUUAACACGAUUCAAGAAUGCUUGGACGAGCAAAAGGCUUUGUCAGACACGUACUUCAGCCUUACGGCCCAGAAGGAUUCGCAAGCCACUGCCCGCCUGAGCAGGAGCGCAACCCUCCUCGCCAAACUGAGUGUCUUCUUCCUUCCCAUCACCUUCAUGACCAGCUAUUUCUCCGUAGAGAUCCCCGACCUGGUGGAGCAUUACACGCCUAAGAUGUACUGGAUCUGUUUCGCCGUGAUCGCCGGGCUUUCCUUCAUCAGCCUCUUCUUCUUCAGCCGUAUGUUGGAGAUCGUCAGCGACACUCUCGAAGAUUGGGCCGAUUCCGUCUCGAGAAAGGCAAGCGGUAUCGCUGGCUGGAAUACACAUGACGAUAGAGAUGAGCGAUGA